AUGUUCCGCAACGUCCGAGUCGGGAGCGUCUCUCAUGUAGCGCUGCUCGCGGUGUUCCUCGCGGCGUCGUUCUACUUCAAUGUGACUUUACUGGACACCGCAAAGAGGGUCAAGGCUGCACGAGCGGGGCGGCUGCGCGCGCAGAAACGCUUCAGUCAGUCAGUCAUCGACGAAGACGCAUACGCAUGGGUGGGAGACGACUUCCCAAGGACGUUCCCGGUCGACGCAAGGCCUGUGCAGACCACCUUCGAGGAGAGCGUUCGCUACUCGCUGUCCACGGCCGAAGCUGGCGACGAGUGGCUCUGGACAGCCCCGCUCGCGGGCGACAACCAUGUCCGGCUCGGGCCCGAGAAGCGCAUGUUCGCCGUCCCGAUGUUCCACGAGUUGCACUGCCUGCGCAACAUGCGCUCAGCCAUGGUCGACGGGCUCGACAGCCUCGGCGCGGUCGGGCAGGCGCACAUACACCACUGCUUCAACUAUUUGAGGCAGUGGACGCUAUGCGAGGCGGAUGUGUCGCUUGAGCCGGGGAACUUUGAGGAACGGGAUUUCGAGAGGGAGAGGGAGGGCGCGACGAGGAUGUGUGUCGAUUGGGAGCCGGUGUAUAGCGCGGCGGAGAGAAAUUGGGACGAGUGGGUGCAGUUCCGAGAUGCGCACGGGCUGACGCCGCAGGCUUGA